CAAGGCCUUUUUAGUUCGUCAUAUAAAUUAAGCGUUCGUUCCAUAUUUACCAUAGCUUGAUAAGAGUUUGUACGAGCCGUAACAUAUUAUAUUUGCUUCAAAAAUGAGCCGAUUAACCGUUGUGUUUGUGCUUGCUACAUUUCUCUGCGUUAAUAUAGCUAAUGCAAAUGAAUUUCCAUUUUUUGGAGGAAAUUUCCCCUUCCCGUCAUUCGACUUUCCAAAGAUCAAUAUACCCAAAAUUAAGCCCAUUAACAUCGAUGACAUAAAGAACCUGAAGCCGAGUGAUGGUGGUGUCGUCAACGGUGCUGCGGUAUCCAGUUCUUCCACAGUCGAAAACGUCAAUGGUGUACCUGUGAGGAAACAACAAACACGAAUAAUCACAAACGACAACGGACAAGUCAAGGAAGUUACUUACGAUAAUUAAAAACUAACUAUGCAGAGUUUUUGCUGAAAAAUCUUUAAUUGUAAUUAAGAAUAGAAAACAAUUGAAAAUUCAUUUUACCAUAAACAUUUUGGUAGUUCAUAGACUUAGCAACUAUGACGGUAGUUUAUGGUAUGGUUACGCAAGACUUAUAAUUUUCAUGUUAUGUUCAUUUUGUUCAACUAUAUUCUGAAAUAUCUGAAAUAAAGAAAUAAAAGUAAAAGGAAAAAAGGAGUAUAACUCUAUGAAGUAUUACGCGAUAUAAAGUUACGAAUACUUUCUAAACACACUUAUAAAAUCUAAGUAUUAGCUUAUAACUAAUAUAUUAAUAUCUUUCAUAUAAUUUAUAAUUAUUUGAUUCCAAUUAAUAACUGCUAAUGUACUGUGUAUACCUAUAUUGAGAUUCAAUUAUUUUAUACAUAUAAUGUAUUAAAAACAUAUCAUGGUUUCAAUUAAUGAUAUAUUAAUAAAUAUUAAUUCUGUA